AUGUCUGGAAGAAGCUGGUGCCCGGCGUCAGACGUUGCUGGCUCUGAUACAGUGUGCAGCUUUGACGAGGGCUGCGCGUGUUCCAAUUCGUCCCAUGUCCGAGAGCUUGUGAACGUAAGUAUCGAUGGCCGGCCCUGCUAUGCCUGCGAGCCUCCGAGACUGCCAGCAUGCACAGAAGCCUCGGACCAAUGUACUCCGGAAGACUGUGAGUGCGCGAACUCCUUGACACACGUCAAGCACAACGCCAGCACAGUGGAUGGCGCCCUUUGCUUUUACUGCGAGCCCACCAAUGGCACCUGGAGCUUUGGCCGAAACGAGGCGAUGCUGGGUCUGAGCGCUCUGCUGGUGGUCCUCUGGAUCUCCGGCCGCCGAAUCGGAAGGCCCCGGAGCACCUUGCGGCUCCCCAGGCGCCAGGGCGACCGCAAGGCCAUCCGCGUGUCGCAAGAGCCCCUGAAGUUUCACGAAGAGGUCUUGGCGCUGCUGGGCAGUGUGCAAUCGCGACCGUGGGAGAAGUCUUCGAUUCCAUUUUUGAUGGCGCCUGCGAGAUCUUGA